AUGGCCGUUAGUGUUUCUUCUAGACAGGAGACUCAAUCACAACCGAGCCCGAUGACUUGGCACCUGAGCCACCAUCCCCACCUCGACACUACGGCAUAUUCCCAGAAUACGGAACCGACUUCCUCUGACGAGCCGUUGAGGAUAUUAGGGAAGAUGAGCAAGGAUACACCGAGUCAGACGAAGAACUCGUUUCGUUCCCGACCUGUGUGCGGGAGUUGUAUGCUGCAUGGGUGGAUGAAUAGAGCGAUAACUGGAGGAAGCAAUGUGAUGAUACCCCAGUACUACUAUGCCCCCUGGGUAUCUAAUGCCAUGACGCAUUGGUCUUGGUCUCGGUGUCGGAAGUGUUGA